AUGGAUAUCGAACGCCGUCAAAUCUGGGCACAGCCCACCACGACCACUUCUGCGCGCCCGUCAUGCACACCAUUUCUACUACCAAGCAAUGGUGUCCUCACGAUCAACAGCACUUUCUCGGUGACAAUGACCGAAGACGCUUACUACCAACCUGUUUGCACGGGCACAGCAAACGAUGGAGUUCUUCCCUCGGCUAGCAUUAACAACCAAGAUCCUUUCUAUGCCUCCGUCGGUCCACAACUUUAUGCGAUUGGCUGCAUGACGGUGGUCAGCUAUCUAUUAGUUAUCAUCCUCCUCAUCACUCCUCGAAAGUUCUAUGUUGGGGGUCCUGGAGGUGACGGAAAUAUAUUGGGACGACAUGGAAUUAUAAGUGGCUCUUACAGUGGACAAUCGUCUGUCACCGGUGUUGGCGGCCGUCCCUGGUUGCAAAAAGUGGCAGCAUUGUCAGUCGCAAUCUCUUUGACCAUCGCGACGGUUGACUCAUUUCGAGUGGCCGAGAGACAAUACGACAUGGGUUAUACGGACGCUACAGCUUUGACGGAGGAAGUCAUUGAUGGUACUGAAAUCAGAAUCGUGCAUGUCGUGUCCAGUACUUUUCUAUGGCUCGCCCMGGUUCAGACACUUAUUCGAUUGUUUCCACGGCACAAGGAAAAGGUCAUGAUCAAAUGGGCCGGUUUCGCCUUGAUCGUGCUUGAUACGAUUUUUGCCAUCUUGGAUAAUUUUGUUUCGCACGGCUCAGAGACACGACCACGGCUUUUCGAUGAUGCGAUACCUGCGCUUUCCUAUCUGUUUGAAUUGGCACUCAACUUGCUUUACGCGGCUUGGGUGAUAUUUUAUUCAUUGUCAAAACACAGGUUCGCCUUUUUUCAUCCGAAAAUGCGGAACAUAUGUCUAGUGGCUAUAUUUUCCCUGAGCGCAGUUCUAAUCCCCGUCGUAUUUUUCAUUAUGGAUAUUUCUUCGCCGGAUGUCGCCGGGUGGGGUGAAUAUAUCAGAUGGGUCGGGUCUGCGGCUGCUAGUGUCGUGGUCUGGGAAUGGGUCGAAAGGAUAGAAGCUCUUGAACGUGACGAACGCAAAGGUGGGAUUCUAGGACGAGAAAUAUUCGAUGGUGAUGAAAUGCUAGAGGUCACACCUUCACAAGAGGUCGAUUGGCCUAGGUCAUCGAAUGCGCCCGGGAAUAAAGGUGGCCGCGCCACUGGGGCUGCUUGGAGAGGCAGUACCGUCCUGAAUAAUAGACCUAUUCGCAGAAGCAACCUUGUUUUUCAACUUGGAACCCGCAACCGGAAUGACGAAACUAAUGAGAGUCCAAAUCAACGCGCCGCAUUAGAUCAGAACACAUCUGCUCCUCCCCUGCCUCCACCAGCUGCAGUAACUCCGAUCAGCCGAGCUGAUACAACAAGUGCUGCCUCGACUGUUUAUUAUGUCCGCUAUCAUACAGUUGCUAGCCCAACUCCUCCUUUAUCUGCCGCGCCAAUUGAACCUCCUGAACAGUCCGGCCUCCAAUACAAAGGAGAGAAUAUUCAUAGCGGUGCGGUGGUAUCUAAUGAAGCACAUCCUACAGCACAAUAUACAGCGCCGUGUAAUGAAUUUCUUUCGACAGCAACGUCAGGGUGGAGACGCUGGCUCCCAGCAGCUGGUUUAUUUGGAGCGAGACGAUCAUCACCGCCACAAGAGAUAGCCACUGCUCAAGAAGAAGAGGAAAAUUCACGAGACAAGUACAGCGACAGUGGUUAUGACAACUUCACAGAAAAGGAUGUGGUACCUACGAACACGUCUUCAAGGUUCCAACAUGCCUUGUCUUCACUCCGAUUUGGCGAAUUGCAGCACAGAUUUGGUGCACGAUCCCCUAGGCCCUUGACAGUAACUGUGAUUCCGUCCCGCGAUCUCGCUCAGCAACCGUGGUCACCUCAACCAAACGAGGCUGAGUCGUCCAACCCUCAGACAGGUUCGCAUGGUCUCCCAACUACCGUAAUUCCAGCACAAGGACAACGCACACCAGCAUGGCCCUCGCCUUCAGAUGCUUUAAAUGGACUAGGAGAUAACGGUCGGCUCGAGUAUGACCCGGAGACGGCUGCUCUAGUAGGCGUCGACUCGAAUGAUAUCACGCAAUCAACGACGUCUGAGUCCACGGAGUCCUCGGCAAGUGAUGCAUCAGAUCCGCCUGACCAAAGGACAAAUCACCCCGUGCAAGAGCGUCAGCAGCUGCACAGAUCACCUUUUGAAAGUCAUGCAAUACCCGGAGGACAGCAUAUGUCUCAACAGACGGCGCAACAUGACUAUGACGAUGGCGAUGUAGAAGCCGGACGUGGUCGCCGGCGCCGAUGA